AUGGCUAGCAGAGGUGGCAAUCAACAGAGGGGAGACAGCCGUUCCAGAGGUAGCAUAGCCAGAGGUUCCAUACCGGGCCUUGUCAGCAAGGCACCACUAGGUGCUAUCGCUGUGGUCAAUCGGGGCAUUUUCGGAGGGAGUGCCCGAUGCUUCUGUAAAGUAGAGAAAUCUCUGCUGGGCCAACCCAGGGGACGGGUGCAUAGAGCAGAGUACAGAGUACAUCACAGAUUGUGGGGGCCUCGUCUAGUAAUGGGGCCCAGACCAGUAUGGCUAGCAUAG